GCGGUCUGGAAAAGGAUCCAAGAAUAAAAGGAUUGCUUCUGCAGCUGCAGGAUGAGGAAACUUUGGCUUCAGUGACCACCCCGCCCCCCCCAUGCUCUGGGAAUCACAAACAAGGGUACACAUCAACUUCGAAAUCUAUAUGAAGUAUCCACCACCCUCACCAGAAUGAACUGAGUGAUCUUUCCAGAACCCGGGCAGGGAUGAGAUGAACAGAAGCCAUGGCAAUGACAGGCUCAACACCUUGCUCUUCCAUGAGUAAUCAUACAAAGGAAAGGGUGACAAUGACCAAAGUGACAUUGGAGAAUUUUUAUAGCAACCUUAUCGCUCAACAUGAAGAACGAGAAAUGAGACAAAAGAAGUUAGAAAAAGUGAUGGAAGAGGAAGGCCUAAAAGAUGAAGAGAAAAGACUCAGGAGAUCAGCACAUGCUCGGAAGGAGACAGAGUUUCUUCGUUUGAAGAGAACAAGACUUGGAUUGGAAGAUUUUGAGUCCUUAAAAGUCAUAGGCAGAGGAGCAUUUGGUGAGGUGCGGCUUGUUCAGAAGAAAGAUACAGGGCAUGUAUAUGCAAUGAAAAUCCUCCGUAAAGCAGAUAUGCUUGAAAAAGAGCAGGUUGGCCACAUUCGUGCGGAGCGUGACAUUCUAGUGGAGGCAGACAGUUUGUGGGUUGUGAAAAUGUUCUAUAGUUUUCAGGAUAAGCUAAACCUCUACCUAAUCAUGGAGUUCCUGCCUGGAGGGGACAUGAUGACUUUGUUGAUGAAAAAAGACACUCUGACUGAAGAGGAAACUCAGUUUUAUAUAGCAGAAACAGUAUUAGCCAUAGACUCUAUUCACCAACUUGGAUUCAUCCAUAGAGACAUCAAACCAGACAACCUUCUCUUGGACAGCAAGGGCCAUGUGAAACUUUCAGACUUUGGCCUUUGCACGGGACUAAAAAAAGCACAUAGGACAGAAUUUUAUAGGAAUCUGAACCAUAGCCUCCCCAGCGAUUUCACUUUCCAGAACAUGAAUUCCAAAAGGAAAGCAGAAACCUGGAAAAGAAACAGACGUCAGCUAGCUUUCUCCACAGUAGGCACUCCUGACUACAUUGCUCCUGAGGUGUUCAUGCAGACCGGGUACAACAAGCUGUGUGAUUGGUGGUCUCUUGGGGUGAUCAUGUAUGAGAUGCUCAUUGGCUACCCACCUUUCUGUUCUGAGACCCCUCAGGAGACAUACAAGAAGGUGAUGAACUGGAAAGAAACUCUGACUUUUCCUCCAGAAGUUCCCAUCUCUGAGAAAGCCAAGGAUCUAAUUUUGAGGUUCUGCUGUGAAUGGGAACAUAGAAUUGGAGCCCCCGGAGUUGAGGAAAUCAAAAGUAAUUCUUUUUUUGAAGGUGUUGACUGGGAACAUAUCAGGGAGAGACCGGCUGCGAUAUCUAUUGAAAUCAAAAGCAUUGAUGAUACCUCAAACUUUGAUGAGUUUCCAGAAUCUGAUAUUCUUAAGCCAACAGUGGCCACGAGUAAUCACCCUGAGACUGACUACAAGAACAAAGACUGGGUCUUCAUCAAUUACACCUACAAGCGCUUCGAAGGCCUGACUGCAAGGGGGGCGAUACCUUCCUAUAUGAAAGCAGCAAAAUAGGAUCCUAGUCAUGGAAUCCUGAGUGGAGCAGGGUUCUUUGUACAACAUCAGAGUUUUCUUCUUACACUUUUUUGAAAGAGCUUCCAAAGAGUUUAUGGAAGCCUACAAUAUGUCAUAGUCAAAUUUCCUGAAAUGUGAUAGUAAGUGGAUUUUCUUCCAUAAUGCAUCUGAAAUCUGAAAGAACAGUGACAGCCAUUUCUACUACAUUGGCCAUAAACAGUUGUCUUGCUUCUUGAGAAGCAUCAUGAGCCAAUUUGAUAGAAGUUUUAAAAAGAAUUUUGUAUUUUCCUGAAUUCAUCAGAAUGAAGGGGAAAAACAGCCAUCAUCCAACAUUAUUGAGAUUCUUAUGGACACUCCCUAAAUAUCAGCCAAUUGCUGUGAUAUGGUGACACACCAUCUGCCAAGACCACCAAGUAUUUCUUUUUCUUUACAGUAAAAAGUUCUGUAGUACUAAGAAAAUAAAGCAAUAAUGACAGUCUCAGCAGCCAACAUUUUGGCUGAGGGAAAUGACCCACCAUUCCACUGGACAGCGAUGGUAGUUUCUCUCCAUACUUCAGCCUCGGACAAGUGGCUUUUCAUAGCCUCCAUUCAUGGUGCACUUUAUGGUACUAGGAUAAAGACCCUCAGACCACUGAUUUAUCUCCCUUUUCCCACCCAUCUAAAAGAUUCAUGCUGCUCUUCUGAGUGUUGAUGGGAGAACAACAGCUUGAUCCAUUGUUGCUCAUAGAAGGCCCCAAAAGCCAUUGGGCAUUGCCAAGGAGUUCUGGAUCAAGUGGAAACCCUCACAUUGUCUUCAGGCUGUAUCAGAAAAUCCCUAAGACGGAUGUUGCUAUGAACCAGCAAUACCUGUAAAUGCUGCCAGCAGGGACUCAGUGUAUUCUGGGAUCACAGCAAGGAGGGCGCUUAGCUCUUGGCUAAAAGGUUCUGCUCCUGUGAAGUCUGCAGAACCUCCUGGAAGUGCUGAAGAUACCAGCUCAAUACAAGUGCACAGCUGGCUGACAAGUCCUUGUAAGGUUCACUCCUCGAUCCCUGGUGCAAUCGUUUUGUCUUCUCUCUUGGUCUUUUCCUCUCCUAACUUUAAGUAGCCAUUUUGCCUUGGAAUCAUGAUUACAAAUUUUUCCUUUGCAGAUGCCUUUCUGGGGGAUAUUCCCCCCACACCCUAAAGGGUCGCCUGCAGCUCAGGCUGACUGGGCCUCUGCUGUGGCAUUCUCUCACAAGAGACCCUCUGAAUUUUAGCACCAAGUGCCUUCUCUGUCACAGCGCUGCCACCUUCAGAGGACUUUUGCUGUGUCAGAAAAAUGUGGAGGUUCCAUAUUAAUGCAUUACUCAUUUCUGGUUUUAAGUUUUGAUAACUAUUAAAGCAUCAUUUGCACCUGUGUGGUAACUUUGCCUGUUGUGGAGCAUCAUGGCUAAGCUGCAGCUGGAAACUGCUUUCUUCAGUCUCAAGGUUGAGAAGGUCAGCUUUGAAAGGGAAGUGCCCAGCUUAGACAUUCAGAAGAGAAGAGAAGAGUAGAGGAUCAGAGUUACAGUUUUAAGUGAAACCGCCUGGGUUUAACAUCUUAGAUGAAGAAAAAAAAGAAUGCUAGAAGUCUUUACUCCGGAUGGAGGUAGUGUGUUCACCCUUAAUCUUUCAUUCAUAGCCUGUUUGUGAAAGGAAGAAAAUGAGAUUCUUUUGUGUAACAUUGUAGUUCUUUGUAUUACCAAAUAGUUGGGGUCCUGACCCACAGUGUGUUUUGCAAGAGUGUUUGGGAAGCAGGGUAAGGAGAAGUAGCAGGAGUACCAGUAGCAUAUGUGUGCUGGGGAGUGGCAGGGGGUGAUUUGUUUUAGGGGGAAAUACCCACGUUUUAAUAUUUAAACUUCUGAAUAAACUGUGUGAAAACAGUA